ACCUCCUGUCACUGCGGGAGUUCUACACCGCGACACGGCGGUCGAGGCAGUCCUAUCUCAUGCAUGAAGAGCACUCGUAUGAUGAUAGCGGGAAGCUAAUGGUCAGGCACGGCGUCGCGGGGCCUGUAGUAUACAGCAUGUCUUAUCAGAAAGCUUUGCUCUAUCGGGAUUCCCGAGCGGUAGACUUCGUGCUGCCAUUCACCACAGGCACAGAAGCAGUGGCAGCCGCAGGCCCUUCGUCAUGCUUAGCCAGUUCGAACGAAGACGCGACAGCACUAGAAAUCCGCGCGGCAUACAGAAACAUCAUCGGCGUCAUUCUGAGUAACGCGGCAACGGCUGAAUACUGCAACGGUGUAGUUUUUUGUGACUAUGUCAGCGAUGGUUCGGACGUGAAGAAAAACAGCGGCGAAGAGUCUUCAAGCGGCGAAGGCGUCGACGAGGACGAGAAGGGGGCCUCCCCGUCGAAGAAAAACGCUGUGAAGAAUGUGCUAUGCGUAAACAACUUUGCGGACGUCGAUCCUAAGGGCGACAUCUUCUUGGAGGAAUUUCGCAGGGAGUUGAACUUGCGGAAGGAAGUGGAUCCUGACUUUGAGAAGCAAAGUGCGUACGCAAAGCUCACGCUGGGCGACAUCGAGUUGCAUCACAUUACAGGCAAAUCUGCUCCAGUGACGCGAAAAAACGCAAAAGACACAUUCAAGAGUGACGCGCUUCCUACUAGUCGUGGUAAGAUACGACUAGUCUUCAACUACCAAAUUUAUAGGGAAGGCGUGGACUCGGUAACUGCAAACCUCGUCGCUUUCUUGAAGCCGGUCAAAUCUUGGACGCGGUUCGUCCAAGGUGUGGGGCGUGUGGCGCGGCUUAUCCGAUUAUUAUCAUUCGGGGGCGAGAGUGUCAAUGCGUAUGGCAGGUUUUGUUUUCCCUUUUGCGUGCUAGAGUGUAUAUUUGAGUUUGAAACUAGGCAGAUUGACGCUCCACCUUCUAGAUAUGUGCCGCAUCUAGACGGAGUUCCAAUCUUACUCAUUUCUCACAUUCCAUCCAUUGUUAAAAGCGGGAAGAAAACAAGGACACAGUGGUCGCGUGAGUAUUUUCAUCGUCUUGAUCAUCGUCUUGCCUUUUUCAUAGAAAGGAGAGAAUGCCGAAGAUGCUCGAUCGCAGUGUUGUAAUGUUACCACCUUGCGGGCUGGUUCUGGACAAGAAAAUGAUUGAUGCAGCAGACGAGGAAAUAGAAGCCGACGAUAAAAAAGGCAACAGCCGCGCGCAUAUGCUCCUCGACAAGAAGAUUUCUGCUACUCUCUCCGGUGCCAGGUACAAGGCUAUGCUCCGCCACGUCGGUUUGCUUCAGUAUGGGAUGGAGCCUGAUCAUCAUAGCAGCAUCAACAUCAAGGAGCAGCCGGAUGAGCCUCCCG